GGGCCUCCUUCAGGCUCCUGCAGGCAGUUUGGAAGCAGCUGGAGGAAUGAGUUAGGUUCCUGGUUGCGGGACAGUUUUUUUUCUUUUUUAAAACAGACACAGCUGUUGAGUGCAAUGCCGCCUCCACAGAAAAUCCCAAGCGUCAGACCUUUCAAGCAGAGGAAAAGCUUGGCAAUCAGACAAGAGGAAGUUGCUGGAAUCCGGGCAAAGUUCCCCAACAAAAUCCCGGUGAUAGUGGAGCGCUACCCCAGGGAGACGUUCCUGCCCCUGCUGGAUAAAACCAAGUUCCUGGUCCCGCAGGAGCUGACCAUGACCCAGUUCCUCAGCAUCAUCCGGAGCCGCAUGGUCCUGAGAGCCACGGAAGCCUUUUACUUGCUGGUGAACAACAAGAGCCUGGUCAGCAUGAGCGCAACCAUGGCAGAGAUCUACAGAGACUACAAGGAUGAGGAUGGCUUCGUGUACAUGACCUACGCCUCCCAGGAGACGUUUGGCUGCCUGGAGUCAGCAGCCCCCAGGGAUGGGAGCAGCCUUGAGGACAGACCCUGCAAUCCUCUCUAGCCCAUGUCGGGAAGGAUGUGUGCUCUGACAGACUUGUCAGAUGCUGGCAGAAGGGAUUGGUUUUCUCCUGUGUAUACAGUGGAGGAGUCUGAGAAGCAGGGAUACCUGGGGUGAUCAGCUCCAACCGGUGGCAGCAGAGUGGUGGCUCUUCCUAGUUUACUUUUUGUGCUCCGUGCUCUUGUGUCCUUCUAAGAAAAAUGUGGGCUGCUCUUGAAAGUUAUAUAAUUAUCUUUUUUUUUUUUUUUUUUGAGACAGGGUCUUGCUCUAUUGCCUAGGCUGGAGCACAGUGGCGUGAUCUUGGCUCACUGCAACCUCCGCCUCCCGGGUUCAAGUGAUUCUUCUGCCUCCACCCCCCGAGUGGCUGGUAUUACAAGCACAUGCCACCACACCAGGCUAAUUUUUGUAUUUUUAGUAGAGACGGGGUUUCACCAUGUUGGCCAGGCUGGUCUCGAACUCCUGACCUCAGGUGAUCCACCCACCUCGACCUCCCAAAGUGCUGGGAUUACAGGCGUGAGCCACUGCAUCCAGCCAUAUAACCGUAUUCUAAAUAAGAAAUGGUUGGCUUGUGUGAUGGUUUUGUGUAAUGAGCUAGAGAUAAUAUUUUAAGUGUCUUCUGUGGUAUAUGUGGGAGGGCCAUUGAGGAGCGGGUUUCACUCCCUGCAUGUGGGCAGGUGUCCCAUCUAGGGCUCGGUACUAGAGAAUCUCUGGCCUGUAGGCUGUCUCUGUGGAACCCAGUGAAGCCAGCAUGAACAAUGGUAAGCCCAUCUGGAGGUGCUCUUAUCUGUGUCAUUAGAGAGAUUAUUCGAUUUCCCCAGCAUUCACUCUAUUUGGUUAUUUUCUGUAAUUCUCUUUUUGUCUUUCUAUACCAUAUAUAUUUAUGCCAAAGCUGUAACUUCUCAACAUGAAGUCAUUUAAACCAUGUGCAUGUUUACUAUGUGCCAAGCUGUAUUCUAAAAUAAAUAUUCUUUAUUUUAAAGGA